GUGAGUGACGGGGCUCCGAGGGUCAGAGAAAAAUGGCUGCAUUAUGUGUUGCAGUCAUUUCAAAAGAUAACUACCCGCUUUUCGUAAAGACCGUCCUACCGGACUCGGACUUGAAGUUUCACUAUCUCGUACACACAUCACUCGACGUGGUCGAAGAGAAAACGUCGACCUUGUCGGAACACGCUCGAGGUGCAAGUGAGAGGAGGGAGCUCUACCUCGGCCAACUCUAUCCAUCAGAGGAAUACAAAAUCUAUGGGUAUAUGACCAACACCAAAGUGAAGUUUAUCCUGAUUGUGGAGAAUAGGAACAGCUAUGCAAAGGACACUGAAAUGAAAUCGUUGUUCAAGAAACUGCAUCUGGCAUACUACGGUCUCUUACUGAAUCCGUUUUACACACCAGGACAUCAAAUACAAUCGAAGAAGUUUGAUCAAACAGUUGCUUCCCUGAUGCAACAAGCUUCAAGGUAGACAACUAAAUUGCAUCAAAGAGUUUCAUACAAACUUAAAACUGUAUAUAAAGUCUUGUGUAUUAUGAGAAUGAGAUGA